UCGAUUUCUGCCGAUUUCUGUCUAGACCAAGCCUUCCCCAACCUUCCCCACCCAUCGCGCUCUGUCCAUUUCUUUGUAGGCCAACCCUUCCCCACCAAUCGCUAUUUUCUGUAAAAGGCGAAGAAAGUGAGGUUCCAGGGACAACUGUAGCAAGGGACCACUUUGACAAAGUCUUGUUGUUAUUCAGAUAAGCAUGGAAGACCCAAUUGAGCUCAUUUUAUGCCAUGGAGGAUAUAUGGAUAUGACAGGGGCUGUUCCAAAGUACGUUAGAGGCCCCCAUGUUGGUUCGAGUAGUAGAAGGGUAACUGUCUAACUGGUCGUGAAAUGAGAAGGGUGAUGCAAGGUAUUGGAACAUACAUUGACAUGGAGACUGGAAACAUGUAUGCAAGCUUAGUCACAGAGUGCCACCACCUGGUGGUGUACGAGCAACAGAACCGGACCAGCCUCCUGUCAAUACCACACAACCUCCCACUACUCAACCAUAGUCGUCUUAGGAAGUCAGAAGAUGCUAUGUUAGGAAUAGAUAAGACUCCUGUUUUGUGCGUGCUAUGUGCAGUUACGGAUCAUUGUGAUUCAUUGGAGUGUAGGAAGAAAUAUGUAAAGCAGGUCCAAAGUUAGGAUUCCCCCUUUUGUACAUGGUCUGGAAAUGAACCUUGUCCUAAACUAAGGUAUUUUCCCUUUUGUA